AGGAUCAACUAAUCGCCACCAACGGGCACUUGAGCAUCUACGCCUUUAUCCCCUGCCGGCUGUCGUUCAUCCGCAUAGAAGCAACCUGCUGCCUUCUCAAGUGUUCACCUUUGAACUACUCCCAAGGAAUACGCGAGGGAAACGAAACUAUUUACAACUCUAGUCUUGCUUUGAGCGCUUCAAAUAGUUUAAAAAAGAAAAGCAAGAAAGGCGGCGCCUACUCGCCACAGUCAUGGCAGAAAUGACGAAGGAGGUCAUUGUAGCCUCCUGCAAAGCCAACGGCGGCUACGCGGCGCCGCACCUCAACGAUCAGCUCUUUCUCCACUGCAAAGGCUUCACCGCCAUCCAAAAUCUGGCGCCCUACCGCGAUGUGAAGGUGCUGUGGUUGGAGCAGAACGCGUUGUCGGAGCUGGGCGGUCUCGAAGCGCAGAAGGAGGCGCUUGUCUCCCUCUUUGUGCAGAACAAUUUCAUUCGCUCGCUCACGUCGUUGACGGCCACCCUGAACGGCUUACGCGUGCUGAACGUCUCGCACAAUUACUUGACCUCUCUCCGCGGCAUUGCUGCGGCGUGUCCUUUCUUGGAAACACUCCAGGCGUCGCACAACCAACUCACCUCUCUGGAGGUGUGCGAGGAGCUGUGGCAGCUGGCCGGGUCGCUGACCAGUGUGGACCUCUCCUUCAAUCGCAUCGAGACGUGCGCGGCACCGAUGGAGUCGCCCGCUGAUGCCGCUGCACCGGAUUCCUUUCCUGCGACCCGCAGCGCCGAUGACGACAUCCACAUCAUCGACCCGGCAGACGGAAGGGAGGUGAUGGACUCGACGCAGGUGGCUGGCGCUGCACAAGCCGCCAUUGCAGCGGCCGUCCCCUUACCGGCAAAGGGCAGCAGCGAGGACGCCUUGGCGCUCGUGCACUUCUUCCAGCGUCUCCCGCUGGUAAGCGUUGUCUACAUGCAGGGUAACGGCCUCGCCCACCGCCUGCGCAGCUACCGGCGCAACAUGAUUCUUCACCUGCCGGCGCUGACCUACCUGGAUGAACGCCCGGUCUUCCCGGAGGAGCGCCGGGUGGUGGAAGCGUGGGGGCGCGGCGGUGAGGACGCGGAGGCGGCGGAGCGUGCUGCCAUCCGCGAGGAGAAGCGGGCACACCUGACGCAGUGCGUGAAGGUGCUGACGGAGCAGCGGGACGGCCAAAAGGUGGUGCGCGAUCGUCUUACACGGCAGUUUGAGCAGCGCCGAGCCCGCGAGUUGGAGGAGUUGACGCAGUGCCGUCGUAGAGACCGUGACAACCGCGCCGCUCUCGAGUCCGCGGAAGACGUCGCGCGGGAGGAAGUAGAAAAAAUGGAGCAGGACGCGCGAUGGGACGUGGAGGACGUGUUUCGCACUGCCCAUGAAAGGCUCUCCGCGAGCGAGCCGGCACAUCGACACGCGUAUGAGCAUCACAUCGCGGUGACCCGUGCAACACAAGAGGCUGUCAUCGAGGAAGAGGAGGAGGGGGAGGGCGGCGCCGCAGCGCCGGAGCAAUUGGCGGUAGAUGUUGCGGCGGCGGUGAAGGUGCUGGAGGACGCCGGUAGCACCACCGCCUGUGCAGACAUCUUGACGCAGCGCCGCAGCAGCAUUCGCAGCCGCAACGGUGACGACGGCAACGACGUAGUGGUGGUAGCGGCGCCCCCGUCCGCCGGCACCGCGCCCUCUGCUCUCGCGGAGCUGCUACAGUCCGACGAUGCUGUUCUAAGGGAAAUGGAGUCGGAGAUUGAGCACGUCCUCUACGACUUGGGCGCAGUCAAGACAAACGUGCCAUCCAGUAGCGUAGAGGUUCACGCAGCUCCAGCGACUGCUACGAUGGGUCCUGCUCUUCCCGCGGAGAACGAGAUGGACGAGACGCUCCCCGCCUCGUAUUCAAGUGGACAGAUGACAGAUCGCACGACGCUGCGGAUGGAGCGCAAUGUGCGCACGGCGGUGGGUCACGUUGCGAGUCAGCUGAAGGCGCAGCAGUGUCGUCGCAGCUCUGGCCAUGAGCGUGAAAGCGUAUGGCAACGCUUUGAGCAGUGGGAGGCCCGCCGCGCCUCUCUGCCCACAAAGGACUAG